AUGGUAAAAGGAAUCCAAAUGCGGAUGAUGACGAUGAAGUGGUCUGGGUAUGAACGAUGCCUGAUGUCCACUGUUUCGGAAAUUACGAGCAAAUUCUUCACUAACAGCAACCACAAAGAACAUUGGUCGAUUCGACUCUCUAACUCACAGAUUUACUUACUAUAUGGCCAGUCCACGCAUACUUCCAACAUGCGAAACCUGAUUGGCUCAAUGAAAAUCAUUCACUAA